GUCAUUCCUUCACUUCUAACAUAGGUCACUUCACUUUCCACGAUGUCUAUCGGGUGUUACAAGGGUAUAAAUAGCGAGCAGCUUGCAGGGUGGGUAUACUUUGCUCAGUGAAAACAUCAGUCAGCGAGAAAGGAGACUGUCUGUCCAAUUUUGUUGAAAAAUGGAAUCGCUUCUCGGAAAGUGGCAAGUCAUUAACAGCGAGUCGGAGGGCCUGGAUGAAUAUUUCAGAAAAAAUGACACGCCGGCGGAGGAUCGCUAUGCUCUGACCAGCACACAAUGGACUCAGUCCUUCCUCAAGGAUGGGGAUCAGUGGGUCAGCGAGACAGCCUAUGGUGAGAUCAAGGAUACUUUGAAGUUCAAACUGGGACAGGAAGUGACGCACACGACACUGCGGGGCAAGAGUCUGGUGGGAACCUUUAACAUAAAGGACAACAAGCUCGUUGGUUCAGGGACUGAAGAUGGAAUACCCUUUUCUUCUUGUGAUUAUGUCGCGGACGGCAAACUCCGAGCCGCUUUUACCUUGAAUGGUGCCACCGCCAAGUUCCUUCUGCGAAAAGUGUAACCUGAUCCAGCAGUUCAUCUCUAAGCCCGCUACCAGUCCAUCAUCGCUAUCUCACUGAUGUGAACCAUUUUGUGUGUAUCAAGAACAUUUACUAAGCUCUUAAUAAAGUUUCUUCACUGCUUUAAAA